UAGUAAAGAGCGUUCUCUGGUGAAGGCAACGUUUGGCUGAUGAAUUUUAGUCACGAAUAUAUGGUAGCACAGCCCAAGGAUCUCUCUUUCUUUUAUAUGAAUCUAUUGUAACUUUCGUUUGGGAAUCUUUGAGUAGUUUUUGGUCAGAAUGGCAGAGGUUGAACGGUCAAGAAUACGUAGCGUAGUUCGGACUGUGAGGCAUUCUAAUUCACCAAGCACGAAAAUAACAAGAUCGCGGUCUCGAUCGAGAUCACCGGAUGAAAGAAGAAGGAAAGGUAAUGAGGACAAAGAGAACAGACACAGGAGUGAUGAUGAUGACGAGGAUGAAAAGGAAUAUCGUGGAAGAUUGCAACAAAGUGAUAGUGACAAUGACACAAGAUCCCAUCGUAGGAAGGAAAGAAAUAAAUAUGACUCUGAACGAUAUAGGGAGCGAGGAAGACUUGACAAGAGGAGAUAUCGCAGUGAUGAUGAUGAUGAUAGUGGUGGCCGACAUGAGGAUAGGGGAAGAAGGCAAGAACUUAGAUCUGAUAGAAGAAGGCGAGAGACACCUUCAGAUGAUGAAAGCCAUGACAAUCGCAAUCUGACAGAGAAACAAGGUAAAGAUGGUGAAAAGAGAGAACAAGCAGAAGGAGAAGAAACAACAGAGAAGACUGCUGAGCCAGAAAAGGCUGUGAAAAAGAAGACAAAUACAGACAAUCCACUCCUGACAAGAACAGGGGGAGCUUACAUUCCACCAGCAAGACUAAAAAUGAUGCAGGAAGGUAUUGAAGACAAAAGCAGUGAAGCGUAUCAGCGUCUAAGCUGGGAAGCUCUGAAGAAAAGUAUCAAUGGUCUUGUUAACAAGGUUAACACGUCAAACAUUGGCAAUAUUGUUCGAGAGCUUUUCCAAGAAAACAUUGUGAGAGGAAGGGGUGUCCUUUGUCAAUCAAUUGUCAGAGCACAGGCAGCAUCACCCACAUUCACCCAUGUUUAUGCUGCACUUGUGGCCAUCCUGAACACAAAGUUUCCCAAAAAUGGUGAACUUCUGUUGCGUCGGCUUGUGCUGCAGUUUAGGAGAGCUUACAGAAGAAAUGAUAAAGUAGGUUAUCUUUAAAAUAUGAUUCACAUUGUCCACCAUUUAAGUUAUCAGCAAAUUGCCCACGAGCUUGUAGCAUUGGAGAUCCUGACUCUGCUGCUACACAAACCCACAGAUGAUAGUGUUGAAGUUGCAAUUGGGUUCUUGAAAGAAGUUGGAAUGAAAUUAACUGAAGUAUCUUCCAGAGGUGUUCAUGCUGUGUUUGAGAGGCUUCGCAACAUUCUCCACAAUACAGAAAUUGACAAGCGAGUUCAGUACAUGAUUGAAGUGAUGUUUGCAAUCAGAAAGGAUGGUUUUAAGGAUCAUGUUGCAGUACCUGAAGAACUUGACCUUGUUGAAGAAGAAGACCAAAUCACUCAUUUAUUGCGGUUGGAGGAAGCAUCAAAUCCAGAGGACAUUUUAAAUGUCUUCAAAUUUGAUCCAAAUUUCUUGGAAAAUGAAGAGAAAUACAAAGAAAUCAGAAGAGAUAUUCUUGGAGAAGGAGACUCAGAUGAUUCUUCUGAUGGUGAUGACGAUGAUGAUGAUGAUGAUGAUGAUGAUGAUGAUGACGAAGGCGAAGGCCAAGAUGACAAAAAAAUGGAGAUUAUAGAUCACACUGAAACAAAUCUUGUAGCUUUAAGAAGAACAAUAUACCUUACCAUUCAGUCCAGUUUGGACUAUGAGGAAUGUGCUCACAAACUGCUGAAGAUGCAAAUCAAACCAGAACAAAUGUCUGAGUUCUGUACAAUGGUCAUAGAUUGUUGUUCUCAACAAAGAUCUUAUGAGAAGUUCUUUGGUCUCCUGGCCCAGCGGUUCUGCCAGCUCAAUAAAGAGUUCAUGGAAGAGUAUCUCAAGGCUUUUCAGGAACAAUACGAAACAAUCCAUCGCCUUGAGACAAACAAACUUAGGAACGUGGCUAAGUUCUUUGCUCAUCUUCUCUUCACUGAUGCCAUCCCUUGGACGGUGCUAGAUUGUAUCAAACUUAAUGAAGACGAAACCACAUCUUCUAGCCGUGUUUUUAUAAAGAUCCUGUUCCAAGAGUUGGCCGAAUACAUGGGUCUUCCCAAACUCAACGAACGACUUAAGGAUCCGUUCCUGGCGCAAUAUUUCGAAGGAGUCUUCCCCCGCGACAAUCCACGCAACACUCGGUUUUCAAUCAAUUUCUUCACCUCAAUUGGUCUUGGUGGUAUCACAGACGAGCUGAGAGAGCAUUUGAAAAACGCUCCUAAAAUGAUCAUGUCUCAGCAGAGGCCUGGUGCGAGUGAUAGUGACUCGGAUUCUUCAGACGACAGUGACAGUGAAGAUAGUUCAAGUUCGGAAGAUACUUCCGAAGAAUCUCCGGAGUCUUCUGAAGACUCCUCGGACGAUGAUCGUAAGAAGAAAAGGCAUGAGAAGAAACAUUCGUUACGGAAGAAGAAGAAAGAAUCGGGUUCCAAGAAGAAAGAAUCGGAUUCCAAGAAGAAAGAAUCGGAUUCCAAGAAGAAAGAAUCGGAUUCCAAGAAGAAAGAAUCGGAUUCCAAGAAGAAAGAAUCGGAUUCCAAGAGACGCAAGAAAAGGCGAUGAAAGUAUUAAGCUGAGAUUAGAGGGAAUAAUUUUUAAUGAGUUUGUGCUCGUUACUCACACGUGCUCUCCAAUAAGUUUCAUCGUUUUGGAGAAACAAAAGACAGUGGAGACUUGAGGCGAGACUGUAAUAAGUAGGGUGGAGUGACCUUCUUCCCCUCCUUUUCUCUCCUCCCCUCCAUUCCUUCCCUUUCUUUGUGCCUAUCCAACUUAAGAAGCAGGCUGAGUUAGGUGUAACCUUUUACACCCUAACAUCAGAAUACAUAUUCUCCAUACUAUUCUCUAUACAUUUCCUAGGGUGCUGACAAGGA